UAUGCGCAGACGGCGUUAAUGUGAAAUCCCUCUAUUGCCUUGUCUUCAUGUUUUGUAUCCCUGCACUAAUAUUUGGGGUGCCACACGCCACGACUAGAGACUAUACAUGUAAAUCAUGGGCAGGAUUACGUCAGCGCUUCACCCACGAUCUUCCACACUGCAGCAGACUGUCAACUAGUAACACCAGCAAGGCAACGCGUGCUCGUUGCUUGAUACCAAUUCCUUGGUAGGGCUUAGAUUUCAUGAUUGAGAACGGAACAUUCAGCGAAAUUCAAUAAGUCAGUGAAGUCAGAAGUUCGACAAUGACGAGACUCGAUGCUGGUGUCGAAGUUUUGGGGCUGAUAAUUUUUGGUGGAAUGGUCAUUUUCGUGUUUGGUGAUCAAUGUAAUCCACUCUCAAAAACCAAGUACGCUGCGGAAAAUUGUGUACUGCAGGGGUUUACGUACGCCCAUACAACUGUACGCUCUCGUGUCACCUGCGAACGCGCUUGUAGCCUGGAUGGACGUUGCAAGUCUUUUAACUUCAACGACUGCAACAAAACGUGCGAGUUGAACCUUGCCACAAGACGAGAACAUCCUAGAAACUUCACUGCAGCCCAGGGGAGGGUGUACUUCGAUGAAGAUGAGGAAACGCCUCGCCACUCACCGUGUGACAACACAUGCACAUACUUCGAUGCUGUCCCCGGAUGGCGGCUGGUAUUCAGAGGCGUCGCGGGGAGAGGCAUGAAGCUGUCCGACAUGUGGACUGCUGCGUGUGGGGACCCAGGCGUGAUGGCAACCGCUGGUAGUUGCCGCGAUGACUCGUUGCACGAGGCGUGGAGAAGCGGAGCCUUGGCCGUGAGGUGGGUGAAGCUAUCCCUGUGCGAUUUCAUCGGCUGCAGAGCCGAGUUGAUUUUCGACGGAACCGGAUCAGAUAUCCUCAACUGGUUCACCAAGGACCGCCUAAUCUCAAGCCCGUGGAAAGACUUGAACUCAUCAUCCGAAAUCAAUUUCUUCGGCAUCGAAGGGGACGUCUUCUUUCAACACCGGAGGUUCUUCAUCAACCACAAAUAUGGGUCAUGUCCAUGGGACUACGGCUGGUUGAUUGUGGUUGAUUCCCUUGAAAUGAACGGUUGUGAUUGGGAGCGAUCUCAGGCCUACCCUAUCAUACUGUGCAGUACAGCAGAAGGUUAUGUACGUUGGGAAGACGCAGUAACUGGAGGUUCCAGUGCAGCAAUUGCUCGUGCGGAUUACUUAACCAUACACAUCGAUGCCGAGUAGUUUCAUAGGUGAAUUACGUUACAGAUGCGAAAGCACGCAAUGGUUCAAAACUUUGGGGCUGGUAAUGUUUCAGCUGGUGGAUCUGAAAAAAAAAGUUCCAGAAUUUCUCGUAGAACGUAGAAAAAGAUUUCCGGAAAAACAAUGAAAACAGCUUCAACAAGAAAACUUUUAAAAAGCAUAUUCAUCACAUAUUCAUUAAAGUAUAAUUGUCUUAAUUAAGUGCUUUUUAAUGUCACUAUAGUAUGUAAAUACAGCACUCGUUCAAAAUAAUUAAUUUCUCCUUCCACACAUAUUACUGUUACAUGAAUUAAUUGCACAAACCAUCAUCAUUAGAAUACAGAUAUUCCUGUAAGUGUACAGUAUUAGAAAUAAUUAUUAACAAGGCACCGAAUUAAUAGCGACUGAAAAUACAACUGUCAAUAGUCGUGUUUAUUAUUUUGUGUGAGGUAGAUUAAUUAUAUAUAUGUUUGUUUUAUUUCGACAGGGGAACCUUUACAUGUUAUACAACUGCUAUUCUUAAGGGCCCUGAAACAUUAAAACAAAAUACAAAAUAAUUUAAACAGUUAGAACAAAAUUUGAGGAAAAAUAUGAAACAUGAACCAAAAAUUAUAUGAAAUAGCAUAAAUUCAUUGAAUAAACUGGUAGCAAUAUUUCUUAAAUUAUAGGUAGACAUAAGAAUAAUUAUGAGAAAAUAGGAAUAAGACAAAAGGAAAUCAAACAACUUAAAAAUCAAAGUAGGAGCAUUAAAAACCUUUGGAUCGGGCUUUUUAAUUUAGGUAAUAAAAAAUUGAAAUAUGUUAAUAAAUCGUAGAAUAUAGGUUAAAA